AUGGUCGUGGUGGUCGCUCACUUGCUUGCAGGGGAGACUGCGCCUAGCGUCCACUUGCUGGCACUCAACUCUCACCUGUGGAUCCACGUAGCUGGACUCUGCUCGGCGGCCACACCCCGGGCAACCGUCUCGACCGGCGGGCUAAACCAGGUGAGGGGGCCCUGUGCGCUGUGCCGUGUGCAUAGGGUUUGCGGAUUCCGCUGGAUGGAAGGUCGGAUGGAACCUUGCGUCGGCACCGUCGUGACGUGGUUCGUCUCUGCACGCCGCUGGACAGCCGGUGACGGGAUGGAUCUCCACGUCGACAUUGCCUUGACGCGCCCACCUACGCCGUCGGAGACCGCGGCUUACGGCGAAUUCGAGUCGCUCUCCACUACAACCCGAAGUCGUGGUCCCAUAGUGGAGUUCGGCCGUGCCAAAACGGCACAUGGCAGCCCUAUUCUGGGAUGGCACUGCCAGCCCCCACGAGGGGAAGGGCCUAGAAAAGGUGGCCUAAACAUUGCUGGGUACCACGCCGUCUCCAGGCUAGCCAGGGCCGCAGACGUCUAAUCAUGGUCGAAACAAUCAAAAUCGAAACAACAACAAUACCAAUAACAACAACAACCAUACUCAUUCUCCUCAUCCUACCUCUUCUUCCUCUUCCUCUGCCUAUUCUUCUGCCUAUACUUCUCCUUCGUCACCUUCUUCUCCAUCUCCUUCCCGUCGCCCCACUCGCUGUCACCAGACUGGCCGGGUGAGCCCGCACACUCUGGCAGCCUGGAAUGUUCGUUCCCUUCUAGACAAUCCGAGGAGCAACCGACCGGAACGGAGGACGGCGCUAGUGGCACGAGAACUGGCGCGCUACAAGGUGGACAUCGCCGCACUCAGCGAGACCCGAUUCUUCGAACAAGGCCAACUGGAGGAGGUGGGUGCCGGCUACACCUUCUUCUGGAGCGGUCGACCCAGGGCAGAGCGACGGGAUGCGGGUGUCGCCUUCGCCAUUCGGAACGACAUCGUGGGACGACUGCCCUGUUUGCCGCAGGGCAUAAACGAUCGCCUGAUGAGCCUCCGUCUGCCUCUCUGGGGAGGCAAAUUCGCCACCAUCAUCAGCGCCUACGCUCCGACGAUGACCAACCCCGACGUCGUCAGAGACAAAUUCUACGAGGACCUGCACGCCCUCUUGGCGACUGUGUUGAAGGCGGACAAGUUGAUUGUCCUUGGUGACUUCAACGCCCGCGUCGGCACAGACCAUACUGCCUGGAGAGGAGUGCUGGGUCCCCACGGUCUCCGCGGCUCAAACGACAAUGGUCUGCUGCUUCUCCGCACCUGCGCAGAACACCGCCUCAUCCUGACGAACACGUUCUUCUGUCUGCCGGAGCGAGAGAAGGCCACCUGGAGGCAUCCUCGGUCGCACCAGUGGCACCUGCUGGACUAUGUCCUCGUCCGGAGGCGAGAUCAGCGGGACGUGCUGGUGACGAAAGCGAUCGCGGGUGCUGACGGGUGGACCGACCAUCGCCUCGUCAUCUCGAAGAUGCGUAUUCGCCUACAGCCUCGCAGGAGACCACAAGGUAAUCGACCCCCAGGUAAGCUGAAUGUUGCCUUGUUGUCUUUGCCCGCUCAUCAUCUUCUUUUCAGCAAUGAGCUAGCUCAAAGGCUAGACAACCUUCCUAUCGCUGCCGACGCCGCCGCUGCCGAGAACGCCUCCGUGGAGAACCGCUGGUGUUAACUGCGUGACACAGUCCAAUCGACGGCGCUCGCCGUCCUCGGUCGCGCUCCCCGCCAACACCAGGACUGGUUCGACGACAACGACGCUGCCAUCAGAAAUCUGCUUGCCGAGAAGAACCGCCUACACAAAGUCUACGUAGAUCACCCCACUGAUGCCACCAAAGCUGCCUUCUACCGCAGCCGCCGCCAACUUCAGCAACGACUGCGCAAGAUGCAGGACGCCUGGACCGCUCGCAAAGCUGAGGAGAUCCAAGGGUACGCGGACCGCAACGAAUGGAAGAACUUCUUCUCUGCGAUCAAAGCUGUCUACGGUCCGGCGACGAAGGGCACUGCUCCUCUCCUCAGCGCCGAAGGCAACAUUCUCCUGACUGAGAAGACGAAAAUCCUACAGCGAUGGGCCGAGCAUUUCCGAGGCGUCCUCAACCGCCCCUCGGUCAUCUCCGACGCCGUCAUCGAGCGUUUGCCGCAAGUGGAGACCAACGUGGACCUCCCGCCAUCUCUCCAGGAGACCAUUAGGGCCGUGCAGCAGCUCUCCAGCGGGAAAGCACCCGGAUCGGACGCAAUCCCUGCUGAGGUCUACAAGCACGGAGGUCCCCAACUGAUGGAUCACCUGACUGCGCUCUUCCAAGACAUGUGGCGUCAAGGUGAAGUCCCGCAAGAUUUCAAAGACGCAACCAUCGUGCAUCUCUACAAGCGCAAAGGGAAUCGCCAACUCUGCGACAAUCACCGCGGCAUCUCCCUGCUGAACAUCGCCGGGAAGAUCUUCACACGAAUCCUCCUCAACCGUCUCAAUAACCAUCUCGAACAGGGCCUUCUGCCGGAAAGCCAAUGCGGCUUCCGUCGUCAUCGUUGGACCACGGAUAUGAUCUUCGCCGCCCGCCAACUUCACGAGAAGUUUUAG